GAUUGCUGGAGACCCCGUGUUCAGGAUUUCCAUCAAACCGGAUAUUUAUGGAAAACCAGAUACUGACUCAUUUUCUGAACACCUCGAUGUUGAUACCAAGAAUGUUCUGCCACCAGGGGUAAUAAAGCAAAUGACUGCUUAUCGGCAACACAUGAAAAUUGUACAAGCCAAAUUUACUGUGAGAACAGAAGAUGGAACAAUGUUUGAAGACAGCAUUUUUAAUCAUCCACAUGUGGUUCCAAGCCUUCCCACAGCAUCAGUCGAAGUGCAGGGCUUUCAUGAUCCGUUCCUGCAACCACCUGGCCCUGGUCUGAAAGCUUCCUUCAAGUCUUCAACUAAGCCAGGUGGUACAGAGGAGGAGACAACAAAGCCAGCAGGUUUCAGAGAGGAAAAUGGUAUGAGUAUUACUGAAAAUGCUCCAUGAGAGCAAAAAAAUAAUGUCACUUUUACUGUAACACGUGAAAGUAGCAGAAGCGGUAAAUCAGUGAAUAUCUCUGAGAUUUUUCCAUGUGUAAAUACUGUUAUAAAGGCACCAGUUAACAUAUGUCGUUUCAAAUGUAACAACCGUUUCCUGUAAUUAUUUUUCUUUUCCUGUUUUCCUUCAUAUGGCCUACCUUUUGUUCUUUUAAUCUGCAUCAAUUCUGA